AUGGAAGAAUCAGGAAAUGGGACAACAAAUAGAAGAGAAAGGGUCGAAGAUCUUCAUCUGGACAGGGUUGUCGCUUCGCAGCCAGAGAUCGGCCCAACCCCUCCCGAUGGGGGUUACGGGUGGCUGAUAGUCUUCGCAGCUGUAAUAUACAAUGUAACAGUCCCUACUAUUUUGAUGCUUUAUGGGUUUAUUAUUUUAAAAUCUAUACGAGAAGAAGAUCACGAAGAAGGAGAACGAAUGCGAGUGUGGGACGUGGACGUAGCAUUAGUGCCCGUUAUUUUAACUGUGAUACGUUUACUGUUGGAGCCAUGGUGCAGGGCUGUCACUAGAAUUAUUAACAUGCCUCGUUUUACAGCCUUGGCUGGGCUAUGUAUGACAGUGGCGGGUGUUUUGCUUUCGAGUUACGCGACAAGUGUGUAUAACAAUGACCAUAUUGUGAAUAUAUUUUCGGGAAUUUUCAUAGGUAUUGGAAGCGCAAUUACAGGACAGCAGACAGACGUAAUUAUUACGCAUUACUUCCGAGAAAAACUGACGACCGCUCAGCGAAUCGUUAAGGUUGCACCUUCGUUGGGGAACGUCCUCUCGCCACUGUUGACCGGUUAUCUAUGCACUAUUUAUUCCAGCGACACAGUCGUAAUGAUAACGGGGGCUAUUCUCAUGCAGAACUGCCUGUUCCUGGCCUCUUUCACGCGUCCCAUCUACAUAGAAAGAGUUAUAAGAAGCACGUACAAUAUGUUGCGAGAUGCCGUCGAAGAUGACGAUGAAGUCAUAUUUUCGAAUCAACUUCGGCGAGAGCCACGGGCGGCUUCCAAUCCUGUCUCUACCCAAGACGAAGAUGCGCAUGACGUAGUCGUUUUCAAAUCCAAUAGAAAAGCUAGAGAGAUUCUCGACCCCGAUAUAGAAGCGCGUCAAGAUAGCAAUGGAGGAAGGUUCUCAACGGAUUUCAGUUCUGCGUUUGGCUCGCGAUCGAAUCGCUUCUCUUCCGACUUCGGUACUCUGGACGUCAAUUACAGUACAAUCGGUUAUCAAGAAUUGGAGAGUAUUGACCGGGUCAACCCUCAGCCUUUGUACCGGGAGACGACGGUGAACGCUCCCACUUCGAACAAUUCAGUUUUUGCAGCUGACGCAACGCCGGGAACGGCUAGGCGAACGGCAUCGUUGAAAAAGAACUUCAUCACAGUAGUGAACAUGGUGCAAGAUUUCAACUUCUAUCUUUACACACUGUUGCACUUGUGCACUACGUACAGCGUACUGACUUUGAGCGUUCUUUUCCCGCCCUUAAUGUGGGAGCAAAAUCCAUCCCUGAACAUUUGGUCGAUAUCAGUGCUGACAGCAAUCGGACAUGCGGCGGCCCUGAGCUUUGUAAUUCUGUGCAUAUUUAUGCCGAGCAACAUCAAUGAAAAGACCAAAUUUUGUACAAUUUUUUGCAUCUGUGGUGCAAUCGGGUUUUAUGGAGUGACACUUUCGUCGAAUAAGAAUUACCUCGUCGUUUGGUGCAUGUUCUCCAGUGUGGCUGCGGCGACGAGUGGAAUUCUGCAGCAAUCUCUGCACGACAGCCUCAACGAGUUCGACACGACGGCGACCGUGACCACGGCGAACACUCUGGUCGCUAUUGCGAUAAUGGUUUGGGCGGUUUCCUACAGCUACACGUACAGGACUUGCUUUUUUAUAGCGAGUUUAUUGCAAACGGGAACCGCUUGCGUGUUUUUAGUAGCCUCUUUCAGGCGCCGGAGGUAA